AUGUCGUCUUUCCAUGCUCUAGAUAUCGUCAAGCCGCUUAGGCCGUUUCUUCCAGAGGUUGUGGCCCCUGAAAGAAAAGUGCCCUUCAAUCAAAGACUCAUGUGGACAGGUGUGACUUUACUCAUCUUUUUAGUUAUGUCUGAGGUCCCACUUUAUGGAAUAACGUCAUCUGAUUCGUCGGAUCCAUUGAUCUGGCUUAGAAUGAUGCUUGCAUCGAACAGGGGAACGCUUAUGGAGUUGGGAAUUUCACCAAUUGUGACUGCAGGUAUGGUUUUCCAGUUUCUUCAAGGAACGCAAAUCUUGUCUGUGAACAUGGAAGACAAAGCCGACAGAGAUUUGUAUCAAGCUGCACAGAAGCUUUUGGCAAUUGUUCUCUCUCUUGGUCAAGCCACUGUGUAUGUUUUGACUGGUAUGUACGGUCGGCCUGCUGAUUUAGGCACGGGUGUGUGUCUCUUAUUGAUCUUGCAGUUGGUGUGUGCUGCCGUUAUUGUCAUCUUGAUGGAUGAGUUACUCCAAAAAGGCUACGGUCUAGGAUCCGGUAUCUCACUUUUCAUGUCCACCAACAUCUGCUCCUCUGUUUUCUGGAGAUGUUUUGCCCCAACUACCGUUAACAGGGGUCGUGGUUCAGAAUUUGAAGGUGCUAUUCUCUGUCUGGUUCAUUUGCUUUUAAGCAAAGGUGACAAGCGUAAUGCCAUCCUUGAGUCGUUUUACCGUGAUAAUGCUCCAAAUAUGUCGCAGGUUUUUGCUACAGUUGCUGUUUUCUUCACCGUUAUCUACUUGCAAUCGCUCAAGAUUGAGCUUCCAAUCAAGUCCACCAGACAGCGUGGUCCAUAUGGACUUUAUCCCGUGCGUUUGUUUUACACUUCCAACAUGCCUAUCAUGCUUGAAAGUGCUUUAAGUUCGAAUCUUUUCAUCAUCUCUCAAAUUCUCUAUUCAAAAUUCUCUAACAACAUAUUUGUCAAACUUCUCGGUGUCUGGCAGCCUACUGCUAACAGCCAACAGUUGCGUGCCGUUUCAGGUCUCGUCUACUACAUUCAAGCACCAGCAAGCCUUGCCGAUGCACUUUUAGACCCUAUCAGGACUGUUAUUUACGUUUCCUUUGUCCUUGGACUUUGUGCCUUUUUCUCCAAAACUUGGAUUGAGGUUUCUGGUACUUCCCCAAGGGAUGUUGCUCGCCAGUUCAAAGAGCAGGGUAUUGUCAUUGCCGGUCAUAGGGAUACUUCUGUCUACAAGGAGUUGAAAAGAGUUAUUCCAACUGCAGCUGCAUUUGGUGGCGCUACUAUUGGUGCCUUGAGUGUUAUCAGUGACCUAUGUGGCUGUUUGACGUCAGGUUCCUCUAUUCUAUUGGCCGUCACUACCAUCUAUGGUUAUCAUGAGAUUGCUGCAAAGGAGGGUGGCUUUGGUAAAACUAUUGACUCACAAUUCGCCGAGUUGACCAGUUAA